AGAACGGGAAGGAAGGAAGGUCCCUUCCAACUUUCUGCUUCUCUUCCUGCCAAAGCAAAUGAAGCCAGCCCCAUGCGAGCAUUUGUCAGAUCUCACGAGCAGAUUUCUUACGACCGAGCGGCUUUGGAGAAGAUGCAUCGGGAAGUGAGGCGAGGAGAACGGAGAUCCUUCUGGUUGGAAUUCCACGCGUUUCAAAGGAUCUUUAGGCUGCAUCUCUGGAAGGACACAAGCGCUUUUGCUAAGGAUCCUGAGAUUGUGAUGAACGAUACCUCCGAACCGGCGGAUGUCUCCUUCGUUUAUUCGGGCACCCUACAAGGAGAUGCAGCUUCUUCCUGCCACGGGUCCAUCGUCCACGGCGCCUUUGAGGGAUUCAUCCAGACGCAAAAUGGCACCUAUUACAUUGAAUCUGCUGCUGUGGUCAAAGAGCCUCCCCGGGCCUUUUCCUUCAUCUAUCACCAGAGAGAUUUAG